GAAGGUACUAACUGUAAUGUUCGAAGACGUUUGAUCGCCUGGGUUUUACCGUACAGUGUUGAAGCAGAGUGCUCUAGAUAAUAUCCGAAUUUCCAUAAAAUUCAUGUACUUUAAUUAUAUCGCUUUAUUUUAACCCCAAUCAAAAAUUAGUGUAGAAUCCGUCACCAUAAAAGGUCUAGUUUCUAGAAAAUCUGCAUUAUAAAUAGAUUUUAUCGAAGGAUUUUCAAGCUAUAAAUUGACAGUGUUUGUUCCAGUUUUUAGAAGAUCUUAUCGUGUUUGUUCAGUUAGUGUCUUAUGUUAUUCCCGUAACGAAACAAAUUCUUUAAUUGCAAGAAUGGAAUCCACUCAGAUUGAUAAAGUUCUGAACAUAUACAAAACUCUCUCUCAGAACCCUGCUAUUUCCAAAGCUAGAAUUACAUCGAUAGCGAGGAAUGGAAUUACUGUUCAGAGUCACUGGGCUCAAAAAAAUUUAGAGAGACACUCGAAGCAAAAAUUUAUUCAAGACUUUAGUCUCGAUGCAGAACUUAAUCCUCUCGUCGAAAGCUUUCCAAUUGAUGUCUCGACUGAAACAUUAAGUACAUGCUCGGAAGACGAAAAAUUCAAGGCAAUUUUGAGGCAAGUUACGGUAGACAACGUUUCUAAGCAAUAUAUAGAAAUCUGGGAUAGGCAACAUCUUGUGAAAAACUAUGAUUUAUCGAUUUAUGAUAUCCAUGGAGAAAUUUACACAGACAGUGAAUUUAGUUCGUUUGCAUUUUCGCCGGACAAAACUAAACUGCUCUACGUUGCUGAAAAGAAACUUCCAAAGUGCGAACCAUUCUACAAAUCGAAAACACGAGAAAAGAGAGAGAAAGAAGCGCUCGAUAUGGAAGAAAUAUCAAGGGGAAACGAGUACGUUUAUAAGCCUCAUUGGGGUGAACAGCUGGUUGGAAAACACCAAUCUGUGAUUGUGGUGCUAGAUUUAGUAGAGGACAUAAUGAAAGUGAAUACUUUCAUUCCAGAAGAAUAUUUUGUGGGACAAGUUACCUGGACACCGAAUGGAGAAUACUUCGUUGGAGUCAUUUGGAAACGCGAGGCCAGAUAUUUAGGAUUAUAUGCGUGUACGAACAGACCUUCCUGGAUCUUCCUAUUAAAAACUUCCGAACUCAAAAAAUUAUCAAGCGAUGGUUGUUCCACUAGAUCUCCACGUUUCAGUCCAGAUGGAAAAACCCUCGUUUGGCUGGAACGAGAUUUAACCGGUCCUCAUCAUCAAUGCCACCGACUAAUGCGAGUCAAAUGGGAAACUGAUGAAAAAACGGAUAUGCUCAUCGAUGUCGUUCCGGUUUGUAAAAAGAUCGCUAAUGAUAAAUUAUUUUACGGGUUAUACAAUAGGAGUUUGUCCCGUCGAUGUUUUAGUAAUGAUUCACUAUAUGUCUUCCUAAGCACUCCCCAGCGACAUACCAUUAAAUCCUACAUGGUUAAUGUUGAGACGAAGGUUAUCAUAGAAUUUAAGAGCGAUGAUAGUAGUUUGGAAGUUUUAGACGUAAGGAAGAAUAGAAUCGUUUUAAUGAAAACUUCCCUGAUUGAUCCUCCAAGAUUAGUCGUUGGAAGAUUCGAUCCUCAAGUUGAGGCUUCUCAACUUCCGGAUCUGCACUUGUUAGAAAUUACGAAACCACUUGUUAUGCCAGAAGGAAUUGAAGAUCUCCUCAUAGAGAGCACAGACUAUGAGUAUUCUACUAAUGAGGAAGUCAAGGAUUUCAAUUUCACCUACUUCGGGAGAAAGGGAGGUGAAAAUAAAUCUACUCCUUGGAUUCUUAUGAUUCAUGGUGGGCCCCAUGCCAAUUUUGUCAAUUAUUUCUCCAUUGAGUGUGCUAUUUUAGCUAUUCUAGGUUUUGCCAUUGUCCGAGUGAAUUAUCGCGGUUCUACAGGCAUGGGUUCAAAAAAUGUGGAGUAUCUCCAAGGAAGAGUGGGAGAAGUAGACGUGCUCGAUUGCGUCACUGCGACUCGCGAAGCUUUGAAAAAAUAUCCAUGGCUUGAUCCAGAAUCUGUAGGACUUUCUGGAGGUUCCCACGGAGGUUUUCUAGUCGCUCAUCUUAGUUCUCAAUUUCCCAAUAUGUACCGAGCAGUAGUGUCAAGAAAUCCGGUGAUUGACCUCGCAGCGAUGUACACGAUAUCUGAUAUCCCAGAUUGUCGUAACACAUUAAAUAAGGAAGAUCACAAUAUUGCAUGCCAACUUCACGUGUAAGGCCCGUGCAAUAAUGGCUCAACAAUUAAAAAU